CGGUGCGCGCCAUGCUGUGCCCGGCCUGCCGGGUGGGAGCCUGGGCGCGGGUGGCCGCGUGGAAAAGGCCGCGCAAAGCCUCCGGGGGUUCAUCUAUCUCAGUGUACUCUUGCCCUAAACAAAAGGUGAAAUGAGCGGAUGGCCACGGUUAACCCUUGAUCUGCAAACAAAACCUGCUUCUGUGGCAGAGCUCCCAGGUGUAAAGCUAAUCCACACGCAUCUGAAGACCAGUUCAAAGAAAUUUCCUAGCAGCUGUCGUUUGAGGGCACGCUCAAGUUACACGCUGCCAACCCAAACACCCGGCUCAACCCAAGCUGUCUAGUCACUAACCUACAAAGCUUUUUCAAGCAUCUUUUCAGAAAGAAAUGCUGAAGUAAAUUGGUUGCAGUUUAUGUUUUGGAUAAGUUUGCUGUCUAGAGAAAUCCUAAGUAUAAAAGUUACUAAAGUGCUUUGGAGAGUUGUUCAUGGCUAUUCUGGGAGACUGGUCAAAAUUGAAAUUGCCUUCACAAAGCAGUAAAGAAUAUAGACAUGUAGAAGGGACCUUGCAUUUGGAAGUGUUUUAGCAGGGUUAGGGUUUGUGCUGGUUUGCCUUAGGGCAUUGUGCUACUUCUGGCUGCUAAUCAGACUCAGUUUUCCAUCCAGAUACAUGAUGUCCCUUUUCAUAGUUGAGCACGUGCCUCUUGCAGCACUCUGAGUAGAUAAGACCCUUGGCUGAAAUUAGCUGUUUGAGACUAUUCCUCAUUUCUGCACACACACGCGCACACACACACGUGAGUCAGUUUGUUCAUCAGAAUUUAUAUUUGCAGUGGGAGUAUGUGAACUUCUAGGCUGCGUUCAAGGUUGGUGUGGUUCACCAACAUUGUGACUUUAUGUAGAAGCAUGCACGUAAAAUCCAUGGGCAAGCGUUGCAGUAGUGGUAUUGACUGAUCUUGGAUAUCUUACGCAGUGGCAGGGGAACAGCCUGACUUGACUUGUGUUGUGAACUUCUAGAGCUUUGAUCGAGUUGGUGGACACCCUUCCAGAAGGCGAUGGACCAUGCCAGAGCAGCAAUCUCUAACUUGUUUGGUGGUGAGCCGAUGUCAUACACUCGCUUCAGCAUUGCCCGGCAAACGGAUGGAGACAACAGCCAUGUGGAGAUGAAGCUGUCUGCUGAUGAUGAGGAAGGAGCGGAAACUGGGAGACCAGAGCACCUGCAUGCCAGCAUGUCUCCUCCACGGAGGAGUGGCAAAAAUCUCUUCUUCCUAGUCAUUGCAGCUGUCCUGCUUCUUUUGAUUGGGUUUCUGAUCGGCUACUUGAGUUAUCGCGGACGUAUGCAGAAGGCUAGCAAGUGUCUGGAUGGAAGUGGCAAGUGUGAGAUGACUCCUACUGCAUCUUACUUAGCGGGUGGUGAUGACGAAACUGAGGAAGAAGAGGUUCCUGGACCACGUAUUAUUUACUGGCCUGAUCUCAGAGCCCUGUUGACAGAUAAGCUGUCAGCCAGACGUCUUGAAGAUGGCUUGAGGCAAAGAGUGAAAAAGUACUCUUUUGAAGCUGGCCAGAAUGAAGAUGAGAGGAUUGCUAGAUACAUUCAUGAUGAGUUCACGAGCUUCCACUUGGAUGAAGUGUGGAACGAUGAGCACUAUGUUAAGCUGCAGGUUAAAGGCAGGAGCAACAACAAAGUGUCUAUUGUGGAAAAUGGUUUAGAAGAGGAACUGGAGAGUCCCGAUGCAUAUGUGGCCUACAGCUUGAGUGACUCUGUUGUUGGCAAACCAGUCUAUGUGAACUAUGGACAGAAAGCUGAUUUUCAGAAGAUACAGAAGCUGGGUAUUUCCCUGAAUAAAACUAUUACCAUCUUUAGAGCUGGAAAAAUAACGCUUGCUGAGAAGGUUGAAAAUGCCAAAGAGGCCGGAGCAGUUGGUGCCCUGAUGUACCUGGACCCCUCCGAGUACAAGGACACAGAUGAUCUUGUCCCCUUUGGACAUGCUCACCUUGGAACUGGGGAUCCUUUCACCCCAGGCUUUCCUUCUUUCAACCACACCCAGUUCCCACCAGUGGAAUCUUCUGGACUGCCUCGCAUUGUUGUUCAGACUAUCUCUAGCCAAGCAGUAGGCAAGCUGUUCAGCAAAAUGGAUGGAGACAGUUGCUUUCUGGAGUGGAAAGCUGGGGUCCUGGGAUGUAAGGUGACACUGAGCAGCACAAGCAACAUGACAGUGAAAGUGGAAGUGAACAAUGUUAUGGUGGACAGGAGGAUUCUGAACAUCUUUGGCGUUAUCAAGGGAUAUGAAGAACCAGAUCGGUAUGUUGUGAUCGGAGCCCAGAGAGACUCCUGGGGCCCGGGAGCAGCCAAGGCUGGCGUUGGAACUGCUAUGUUGCUGGAACUUGCCCGUGUGAUUUCAGACAUAGUGAAAAAUGAUGGCUACAAACCAAGACGCAGCAUCAUCUUUGCUAGCUGGAGUGCUGGAGACUAUGGAGCUGUGGGUGCUACUGAAUGGCUGGAGGGGUACUCUGCCACGCUGCAUGCGAAAGCCUUCACUUACAUUAACUUGGAUGCUGCAGUCCUAGGCUUCAGCCACAUGAAGAUUUCUGCCAGCCCAUUGCUGUACACAUUGCUGGAGAGAACUAUGAAGGGGGUGAAGGACCCAACGAAGGAUUCGGGAAGCCUGUAUGACAGAGUUGGCUCUGACUGGGUAAAAACAGUUGUUCCCCUUGGUCUGGAUAAUGCAGCAUUCCCUUUCCUGGCCUACUCGGGAAUCCCAGUGGUUUCCUUUGGUUUCUGCAAUAAAGAUAAGGAAUAUGCUUUCUUGGGCACUACUGAGGACACCAUGGAGAACCUGAAGAAGAUUGACAAGUUGUCCGCUCUUAUGCGUGCUGCUGCAGAAGUUGCUGGACAAAUAGCUCUCAGGCUGACCCAUGAUCAUGAGCUCUUCCUGGACUUCGAGAGAUACGGUGAAGAAUUGCUAGCAUUCCAGGAGAAAAUUUUGCACUACAAUCAGGAAGUGAAGGCACUGGGGCUGACCUUGAACUGGCUGUUUUUCGCCCGUGGUGACUUUCAGCGAGCUACAGAUGCACUGAGAAGAGACAUCGCAAACAGCGACAGGGAAGACAGGGUUGUCCGCAGAGCCCUGAAUGACAGGAUCAUGAAGGUGGAGUAUGACUUCCUCUCCCCAUACGUCUCACCACAGCGUGCUCCCUUCCGCCAUAUCUUCUUUGGUAAAGGCUCCCACACCCUGCAGAGUCUGCUGGAAAACCUGCAGCUGCUGACAGUCGGCAGGGACAGCGUGGAUGUGAAUGAGCUGCAACAGCAGUUGGCCCUAGCAACCUGGACCAUUAAAGGGGCUGCCAAUGCCUUAGUUGGUGAUAUCUGGGAUAUAGACAAUGAAUUCUAGACAUGGGAAACACCUGGUUAAGGUACAGGAUUAGGGAAACCCACUCCCUAACAUGGCAUUAUGUUUCUAUAGAUUAUCUGGCAACAAAUCUUUUUUGACCAAAGUUGAACAUAAAAUUUAAAUCUGACAUUGACAAAUUCACAGGAGGCAGUUAUAAAGCAGGUACUAAGAUUACCAUGAAAUCUCCUAUGAUCAGGCUCCCACCUGACCACAGUCCAAACCAGUCACGUACAGCUGCUUGUGGGGCUUGCUCUCCAGCAUAUUUGAAAACUAAUAGUUCAGGUGACCCCUGAACUGGUACCUUGAGUGGGGAGGUACCUCACCUAUUUAGGUUUUUAAUCGUUGGCCCCCUAAACCUAGUGACAAAACAGGCAAUGGAUUCCUCUUAAUGCUUGCAACAAGGAUCCAUUCUGUGGCAGGGAGCUGCAGAGACCAACCUGCAGUUCAAAAAUACAACAACCUAGUAAAAGCCCGCAAGUGCUGGAUUAUCAGCAAGCUCUGAAGUGCCUGGCCUGCCUUUACUCAACAGCAGGGUCCCAAUGACAUCUUGGAAGCUUGCUCCUGCCGAAGCAGGUCUCAAUACCCAGGGAAAAUGACCCAAAGAUUAUCUAAUUCCCCAUUUAUAUCCUUAGCUGGCACCUCAGCCAGUCCUGCAGCAUUGAGAAAUGGCCCUAGACUGGCACUUCAGACCUUGUUGCUCUGGGGCCUUUUGGGAAAAUGAGUCUCUUGCUGGCCAAACCCUGUUUGACUGAUGUCGUUUUGCAGGAUGGCUCUUAUUUGGCACUGAGAUAUUUAUUUGUUUAUUUAUUUAUCAGUGACAGUGUUCACUAUAAAUGGUGUGUUUUUUUUAUAGAAGAUAAUUAUCGGAAGCAGUGCCUUCCAUAAUUAUGACAGUUAUACUGUCGUUUUUGAAUAAAGCAGCAUCUGCUAUUACAAUCAAACAUGAUACUGGAACUUUGCAUUUAAAAUAAUUUGAACAGGCCCCUCAAAAAAAGUUUUGGAAAACUAUCAAUUAAGCUUUCUGUGGCAAAAAAACACCCCUCUGGAAGAAACUUGAAGGUGUAAACCUGGUAGCAAGUCUCCGGGUUGCACUCCAAAGUGGUCCUUGAAAUGCUGAAAACCUGGGUGGAAACUCAAAUAUGAGAAAUUUGGCUUCCUUGCGGUGUCCAUGCCCCUCUGUGGGCUUUAGACUCCGUCUUCACCCCCCUUUCUAGAUGCCGUGUGCUUGUGUGGGUAGCACAGCUUCCUUCCUCCGGUGGAGGGGCCUGCUGUGUAGCCCUAGCUCUGCCCACGGCAGCACUGACAAACUUCUUUUACCUCAGCUGAGGCAUUUUUUUGAAUGGCAGCUUCCUGCAAACUUCCAGUACCUAAUGUAUCUUGAAACCUAACUGACAUUAUCGGGGGCAGUGUCUUCCAUAAUGUGUAAAGAACCAGGUAGUUUUUGCCUACCACAGUGUUAUAUCGGAGGCAGUGACCUCCAUAUGUUGCACUAUGGGUGUACGUAAUUAUCGGGGACAGUGUUUCCCAUAAUUGUUCUAUGCUUAUCAUGCAAGGUCAUCUGCGAAGCUUGAUGGUUAGUAUCUAACAUGGAUCAGUUUCCUGCAGUCCUAUUUUUUCACUCUCCUGUGGCGAUGCAAAUACAAACUUCGGUCUGUUAUGUACUUCCCUAGAUUCUACCUUCUCUAGGCUGAACUGUUUCAAAUAGCUGUGCUGUCUUGAAGUGGCUUCCUGCCUCCAGUCACGGGACUGGUGCUUGAAUGUUUAUAGAAACUAGGCUAAUUAGACUGUGUGCUCUGUGAUUUAGUAAACUUCCUUCAAAUCAGUUACAAAGACUUGGGCAAUUAAAGGUGAAUGUAGGGCCUGGGGCCGACAGCUGUCUGGAGGGCUCUGGUCAUUACUCUGGUGUGUGUGCAUACUAAAGAGCCUGGCCUGCUUUGGCACUGAAGUGAUGCUGGUGUGCAUGCAUGGGAAGCUGCUUGCUCCCCAGGUCUCACUGGAAACUCCAGUCUGGCCUCCAGGGUGUUGUGUGGAAGGGUGGAAAUCAGUGGCACCUUUCUCACAUUGCCCCUCUGCUCUUUGACCUGAAGCUGAACAGUGCUGCUGUGUGACACCUGCUAAACUGUACUGCCUUUUCCCAAAAAGCAGCUAGCUGGCUGUCACCAGCCCUGUGCUCUGCAAACAGUUUGAUGUGAUGUUAAAACCUAAACCAAGCGAGUGACCUAAGCCCCAGCAGUAGUCCUGGAGGGAAAGAACACUGUUCAUCUGGAGCAGAGACCUGGGCCUCCCCAAGGAGCAGGCAAGGACGAGCCCCCCAGCCCCGUUACUGAGCUCAGUACUCACCAACUUGGAGGGUUGGAUUUUCCUUAUGUCCAGGCUUGUGCAGCUCCUUGCACUUCCUUAACUACCCUGCUGUCUGAGGCAUGUGUACAACCCCGCCUGUGUUGGUUUGCUAGUGACACUCCUCUGGGUGGCAUUUAAGAGCUGCUGUCUGGGACUUCUCACUGUAGUUAGUGUUUGCAUGUAUCCUGAUGUCAGACUUAAUCUUGCGCUUUAUAGCCAGCAGAGAAAGAUCCAGCCUGUCUUAUGGCUAAGCAUUGCAACUGUGACUACUGGGAUGUCGGGCUGUGUUGCUGUGUGCUGGCAUGUGGCUGGUAUGGGGUGCUAAACCCCGUUGCUGGAUUACCUGCUGUCUGCUUGAAUAAAGUUUUGAAGCGUGAA